ACGAGCGUUCAUCUUGAUUUUCCCGAAGCUUUCCGUAUUUUCUCUAGACCUUUUCUGGCUGUCUUCCAGAUCACUCUUUAUUGCUUCUUUUACCGUUUCAAGGCUACUACCCGAGAGUAUAUAAAGUCUAAAUUGCCUGCUCUUUUUGCUCAGUCCCCGACUCUGUUCGCAAAGCUUCUCCCAGUGUCUACAUCAAGCCUUCUACUAAGUCUAUAGUAAUGGCUCGUGCACCUCUCUUCGCCGUACGACUUGCUGCGUACUUUAUGGCAUUCGCGUGGGGUGCUAUCAGCCUUUCCAUCGGGUUGAACACUGUGAUCAAGCAAAACCGGCUCAAGUCUUUCCUGCGAAGGGCUGUCGCGCCUCUCGGUAUCACCCUUCGGCUUGUUACCAACAGCGUUGUCCAUCCCGCUAUCGCCUCCGAAACUUUCUGUGUCAUCCUCUGCGUAUUUUCCAUCGGAACCCUCAUCGGUCUCUUCGUUUCAGUGGCCUCAACCAAAAAGGCUUUGAAAGCACAAGGGUUUCUUUAUGCUUUCAUUACCGUCGCUCUCUUCGCCUGCCAGAUUCCCGUCUCUGAUGCAGUCCGAAGGAAGGGCGUAUUGGUUUCGGGAACCACUGCAGACGGUUCCGCUGUCCCAGCGGAUACUCUCCUUGAGGCUGCUGCUUCUCUCGGAGUUGACCCUCUGUAUCGACGAAUUAACUUCAUCUUGUGGUUCGGGAUUAUUCCCUGGAUUGGAUUCCUCUUCAGCGGUAUUGCGUCCAUCGUGUCCUUUGCUGCUGUCAGCCGUGUCGACCCUCCUCCCGUUAUGUCGAAAGGCCGCUGAGGCGGGCUUGACUGCAGCACCUUAAGUGGGUUGGGGUUGUCGAAGGAAGGAAGUGCUGCUUUAUAGUACAUAAACGAAGGGGUAUCUAGUAUCGCGCCGAAGCUGAAGGUGUGAGUUAUAACUUGUAAUAUUUCAUGACCUUCAUGUCCAGUUUCCGAAUACGUGGGUACGCAAUAGUUUGUAGCAGUAAUACU